AUGGAAGAAUUAAUAGUUGAACUACAACUGUUCCUUCAACUUCUGGACCAUGAAUACUUGACAUCCACAGUCAGGGAGAAAAAGGCAGUUUUAAAUAACAUUCUUCUGAGAAUACAGUCAUCAAAAGACUUUGAGAUAAAAGAAAAUGUACAGAAACAAGAGCCUGCCAGUAACUUACCUGCUCCUCCUCAGAUGCCUCUGCCAGAGAUCCCUCAGCAAUGGCUGCCACCAGAUAAUGGCCCUCCGCCAUUGCCUUCCUCAUCUCUUCCAGAAGGAUACUAUGAAGAGGCAGUGCCACUCAGUCCAGGAAAGGCUCCUGAAUACAUUACAUCCAAUUAUGAUUCUGAUGCUAUGAGCAGCUCUUAUGAGUCUUAUGAUGAAGAGGAUGAGGAUGGGAAAGGGAAAAAAAUGAGACAUCAAUGGCCUUCUGAGGAAGCAUCAAUGGACCUUGUCAAAGAUGCUAAAAUAUGUGCCUUCCUUUUAAGAAAGAAGCGAUUUGGACAGUGGACAAAACUGCUGUGUGUGAUCAAAGAAAACAAACUACUGUGCUAUAAAAGUUCCAAGGACCAGCAGCCUCAGAUGGAACUGUUGUUGAGUGGCUGCAGUAUUACAUAUAUUCCCAAAGACAGUAAAAAGAAGAAGCAUGAGCUAAAAAUUGCACACCAAGGGCAAGAUGCCCUAGUACUUGCGGUGCAGAGCAAGGAGCAGGCGGACCAGUGGCUGAAGGUAAUAAAGGAAGUUUGCAGCAACUACGUUGGAGCUACAGAUUCAGAUGGGCUUUCAUCUAAUUCUCCUGUACACAAGACAGAACUUGAAAAGAAAUUGUCCUCAGAAAGACCAAGUUCUGACGGAGAAGGUAUUGUAGAAAAUGGAAUAACUGCCAUCUGUAAUGGAAAAGAACAAGUAAAGAGGAAAAAAAGCUCAAAGACGGACUCCAAGGGCUCCGUAUCUAAAGUAACAGGGAAGAAGAUAACAAAGAUAAUUGGCUUAGGAAAGAAAAAACCCUCCACAGAUGAGCAAACCUCAUCAGCGGAAGAAGAUAUUCCAACAUGUGGAUAUCUGAAUGUGCUCUCAAAUAACCGUUGGCGUGAGCGCUGGUGCAGAGUAAAAGAUAAUAAGCUCAUUUUCCACAAGGACAGGACAGAUCUAAAAACUCAUAUCGUCUCUAUCCCUCUCCGUGGCUGUGAAGUUAUUCCAGGAUUGGACUCCAAGCAUCCUCUGACAUUCCGUCUACUUCGAAAUGCCCAGGAAGUUGCAGUAUUAGAGGCUGCAUCUUCAGAAGACAUGGGCAGGUGGAUUGGGAUUUUGCUGGCUGAGAGCGGCUCAGCAGCAGAUCCAGGCACUCUGCACUAUGACUACAUAGAUGUGGAUGUGACGGCGAGUGUCAUUCAAGCAGCAAAGCAAACCUUCUGUUUUAUGAAUAGACGGGUUCUCUCUACUAAUCCUUAUCGAGGAAAUGCUACCAAUGGCUAUGCAUGUCCCAGUGGGAUGGCACUUCAUUAUGACGACGUUCCUUGCAUAAAUGGAUCAGUAAGAAUUGAUUUUUGUUGGGAACCAGAAGAUGGCUUUCCUACUCGUAGCAGAAACGUGGGAGAAGAUGGGCUUUAUGAUAACAUGGGCCUGUACGAUAACUUGCCGUCUCCGAAAAUCUUUGCACGCUAUCCACCAGCAGACAGGAAAAACAAUAGGUCAUCUACUGACAAACUGUCCUCUAACCAUUACAAACACCCUGUCUCAUCCAGUCUGUCAUCUGCUCAGUCUGUCACUAAUACCUCUGCUGUGGGGAGGGAAUCUGUGUCACAGUUUAAAGGAAAGAAGGCUUCUACAGCUACCAAUGGAGUUAUGGGAAAAGGAAGAACAUUAAACAAUCCACAAAAGAAAUCAGAAUUUGCUUCAAAUGUGAAACACAGCACUUCUAAUGCAGAUCAGUACAAAUAUGGUAAGAACCGUGUUGAAGCAGAUGCAAAGAGGUUGCAGACCAAAGAGGAGGAGCUGCUGAGGAAAAAAGAAGCUCUGAGGAAUCGCUUGGCUCAGCUUCGAAAGGAAAGGAAAGACCUUCGUGCAGCCCUUGAAGUGAAUGCUGGAAGGAAAACCCUAAUUAUUCUUGAAGACAAAUUAAAGAAGCUGGAAGAUGAGUGUAAGGUGAAGGAGUCUGAACGUGUUAGUCUGGAACUAGAGUUGACAGAGGUGAAAGAGAACCUGAAGAAAGCCUUGGCUGGUGGCAUCACACUGGGCCUGGCAAUUGAGCCUAAACCAGGAGCCUCAACUGCCCAGUCUCCUGUCCUAAAGCAUCAGACCUUGGAGAACUCGCCCAUCUCCAGUUGUGAUACAAGCGAUACUGAAUGUUCUGUGCCUGUGAACAGUGCUGUAGUCCUGAAAAGACAUUCCUCUUCAAGCAGUUCUCCAUGCAGAGGCCAUGUGCUUCAGAAGGCAAAGGAAUGGGAGAUGAAAAAUGGAACAUAGAAAAGUAACAUCACCAUUAACCCUCUGGUUUAAGGAUGGACUGAGGAAGAUUCAUCUGCACAAUGAUAUAAAGGGUUUGUCAAUCCUGUUCAGUUAAUGACCGAUAAGUUUAACGCAGCCAAGAGAAGAGCCAUUUUGAAUGUGUCAUUUUUAUUACAGCGAAAUUUAAUCAGAAAUACUAGAAACAUAAAAGAAACAAUUUAAAUGACUACGUAGCUGGAUCAGGUGAAACUAGCACUAGCAAUUGUGUUAGAUGGAAAUCAAUACCCAUUAGAAAUAGUUUUAGGUAGGUUUAAUAAUAUGGUAUGAAGUCCGAUGAAGUCUGGCUCCCUGUAGAAGCUGCUGGAUAAAUGUGGGGGAUUCACAGAUUUGUGGCAUUCAUUCAGUCCCAACGAUUUUUAUCUGGUAGAAGAAUGAGAAGCUGUAGCCAUUGCUGAAGUCGCACACCUGCUGCCUUCCACGGAGAUUAGAACCAGAGAAGAACAAAACGCAACUGGGAAACGACCUCGGUACGAACAGAAAGACUCCCCCCAGUUGCAACGAAAAAGAGCUGCCAUUGUUUUGAAAACUUAUUUUUUAAGAUGUUGCUUUUAUUUAUUUUUCAAAUGUUUUUAAUUGAUUCAAAGCAACAAUAGAAACAGGUGCCACUACACAAAAUAAUAAUAAUAAAGCAACUAUAACUUCUUCAAAUUCUCCUCUAUUAUAACAAGAGGGGUUUUUUUUGGGGGGGGGGGUGGAAUCUGUGGAAAGAAAAUAUGGAAUUGCCAAAAGAACAAAGAAAGCAUCCCUGCCUUAUAAAUAUUCCGACAGAAAAAGACCAAGUGUGAUAAAAAAGAAAGAAAGAAAAAAGAAAUCUAACUUCCCUCUUUUUCGAGCAUACGAUUUUUCUCUCACAGCUAAAAGGCAAAGUUCUUUCAACCAGCAGUGAAUGUCUGGAAGAAACUGAAAAAAAUGUUUUAAUUAUUAUUAUUACUCCCAAGCACCUGUUAACUUCAGUGAUCUCUGUUAAAAGAUUAUAUUUGUGUCCC